CACAGUCAUGCCUGGCCCCCGUGUCGCUAGACGUCUUCUACAGUAUAAAACGGUCGGCAGAAAAUCGGGUUCGUCACUUGUCCGUCUACCAGGUCAUCCCAGUCGUCCACCAUGCGCGCCGCCGUGCUCGUGCUGCUCGUUGGAGCCGCCUCGUCCUUCGUGGAGCAGUCCGAGUGGAACAACUUCAAGCUGAAGCAUGCCAAGUCCUACGCCAACCCCAUCGAGGAGUUCUACAGGAUGAAGGUGUACGCCGACAACAAGGCCUACAUCGAGCAGCACAUGAAGGAGCACGCCGAGGGCAAGCACACCUUCACCGUGGCGCUCAACAAGUUCGCCGACCUGACCACCGAGGAGUGGAGCCGCCAGUACAAGGGCCUCAAGAUGGGCAGCACCACUCCCCACAAGACCCACCAGGUGACCGGCAAGGCUCUGCCGAGCAGCCAGGACUGGCGUCAGUACGGUGCCGUGACCCCUGUCAAGGACCAGGGCCAGUGCGGCUCGUGCUGGUCGUUCUCUGCCACCGGUGCCCUGGAGGGUGCCUGGGCCCUGGCCGGCAACACGCUGACCUCGGUGAGCGAGCAGCAGGUGGUCGACUGCUCGUGGGCCUACGGCAACCAGGGCUGCAACGGCGGCUGGAUGGACCAGGCCUUCGAGUACAUCAAGGAUAACGGCGGCAUCCAGACGGAGGCUUCCUACCCGUACACGGCCACCGAUGGCACAUGCAAGGCGUCGCCGCCGUACGCCUCCACCGUGGCCGGAUACACGGACGUCGCCAGCAGCGACGAGGACGCGCUGGCCGACGCCGUCGCCAACGUCGGCCCCGUGGCCGUGGCCAUCGACGCCUCGCACAUCUCGUUCCAGUUCUACUCGGGCGGCAUCUACAACGAGUCGCGCUGCUUCCACUACCUGCUCGACCACGGCGUGCUGGCGGUCGGCUACGGUGACGGCUACUGGCUCGUCAAGAACUCGUGGGGCACCGGCUGGGGCGACAGCGGCUACAUCAAGAUGACCCGCGACGGCAGCAACCAGUGCGGCAUCGCCACCCAGGCCUCCUACCCGUCCGUCUAGACUCUGGCUAGUCGGCUUGUCACAGUCUUGGUCAAUAUUUGGCUGUAUGUCCAUUGUCCAUGUCUGAACUACUGUCUGAACGUCCUUUCUUUUCUGGUCCACCGGCCUACGUGUCGGCUCACUGGUCGCUGAGCUGAUUCUGGUUAACGUCUGGUCAAAUAAACGCCCUACUAAG